AUGUCAGAGCCCUUCAGUUCCAAGCUUCCCUUGGCUCAGAUCAGCGGCAUGGCCUACAUUGGUAUCUUCAUCACUGCUUUUGGCAACGAACAACAGACACCGAGCAGCGUGGCAAUCGCUGAGACGAUUUCGUCCGUGGGCUUCGUCUCCUUUCCUGACAGAGACCUGGACCGGUUGGAGAUUGGAGGCACCUUGUCCUGGGGCCCGCCCUUUGACGUGACUUACAACCAGGACUACGUGGUGUACAUGGCAACCAGCUCAGCUGGCGGCGGAAGAUCUGCAACCCCGUUCGGCGUGGUGCCAGUUGGGACCAACUCUUUCUCUGUGCCAGUGGACACCAUGUUCAACGACUACACGCAUUGGGUUGUCUACACUCGGUCCGUCGCGUACGAGCAGACCACCCCAGUAGGCAUACAGAUUCUGGACCAAGAUGUUCUCGUCUCAGAUCUGAGCUUCGUUGACUUCGACCUGGAUCCCAACAUGCUUGGAGGAAGCAUUGAGUGGUCGAUUCCGGCAGACACUUCUGCUGCUAUGCAGUACAACAUCUACUUCUCGUAUGGAGCUGAUUACAAUGACUCCAGCAUCCGAGAUGUGUUUGUGUCCGGCCUGGCAACCACAGCGACUCAGCAAACAGUCCCAGCCGGAACGUCCAAGUUCAGCCAGGAGUUCAUCGAGGAAGUGACCUGCAACUUCACGAUUGCAGACACUGUGUUAAGCAUCGUUUACAACGGAGUUGACAUCACUCACACCGUGAACGGCACCCUGGCGGAUUGGACGAGCACAAAGCGGCUCUCUUUCCGCAAGGUGCCUGGGGCCUACCUGGUGAUCGCCGGCAGCAGUGUGAUCGAUUCGAGUUGGUGCUCCCCUACUGAAGAUGUUUGUAUCGCCGGCAAGCACUCGGUGGGAGAUUUUAACUUCUGCCUCUACGCUGGCUUCAGUAUUCGCUGUUCCGAUGGGCUGACGGGCGCAAGCGGUUGGGAGGCAUUCGGCUCCAACACGGGUGUUGACGCCAUGCACCAGGCUGGCCUCGGCUCGGGAUGGGUGCAAAGCCCGUGCAUCUCCGAAUCCGGAUUCUACCUGGUGGACGACGACGAAGGUGCCAAGAUCUGGGCUGGUGGUGGGGAGCGCCACGCCGCCUUCAGAUGGCAAAGCAUGCCCGUUGCACCCACAAGCAACGAGACAUACGGCUACAUCAUGCUCUUCGCAGAGUCUACCUUGGCUGAGCAGACGACUCCGGCGGUUCUUGCCAUUGAUGACGGCGUGUCCAGCGUCACAGCCCUCAGGUUCGUCGACGAGGACUUGUGCCCAGAUCAGAUGGGCGGAGAGGUUCGCUGGACUGGCGAGGGAUAUCUUCCUCGCGUGUCCUCCUACUCGGUCUACUUUGCUCUGGCUCCCAGCGGAAUCGGCCGGUCUCUUCUGGGCCAGGGAUUGAUUGGCACCACGAGCUUGAUCAUCCCUCAGGCCACUCUACUGCAACAAAACUUUACAGACGUCGUCAUCUACAUUGAGUCAUCUCUGGUUCAGCAGCGCAGUCCUGCAAUGAGCAUUCCCUUGGUGGACGAUUUCGAGGCCUCGUGCGAGUCGGUGUGCGCUGCAGGGGGCGCUGUGACCAUAGGCGACACAUGCUCCCCGCUGCAAGGCGUCAUUACAGGUGGUGCAAGCAUCCAGCCCGAGCAGGAGUCCGUCACUGACCUGACGCCCCCGCGCCUCUCCACCAUUGUCGCCCAAGCACCGGGCAACAUGGUCUUCAUCUCCUCAGAGGAGAACGAGGCGGACAACACCAAGAAGACCUUCAUGGUCAUGGAAGGAAUCAGCCCAGUCAAUCUGGUGAGUUUACUUCGGAAGUUGUCGAUUCCGCGCGACUUCGAUGUUCUGAGCAUGCCACAAGUCGACAACGUCGACUUGCCGAUGUUGGACACCCUUCUGCACGGCACAAACUCUCCCGGAUUUAUGCUGGCUGAAGUGACUGACGAGAUCCCGCCUCCAUUGCAGGUUGACUUCGGAAUGUAA